CACCUUUCAGGAUAUCCUAUUGUUCACAUUUGAGUAAAUAUCCCUAACACGACUUUCAAAUGAUUUUCGGGUUUGUUCAGUGCACCCCGGAUUUGUCAUCGGAGGAGUGUACUAGCUGUUUCAUUGGUGUCACUUCAGAAAUACCGCAAUGCUGCUAAGGGAGAAGAGGGGGUAGAGUCGUUACGCCCAGUUGCGAACUUCGUUUUGAGACCACUCUUUUUUCAAUGAGACUAGGCUUCAGGAACUAGAGUUUGUUCCUGCGCCGUCAGGAAAAAAAAAUGGUAGCACAACUCAAACUAUUGUCAUAAUUGUGGUUGUAGUUGUCGUGUGCUUGAUAGUAUUUCUUGUAUCAGCUAUCACAUUUUUAAGAAAGAGAAUGAAGCAGAAACUAAUGGAAAGCCCUCAAAAUGUCGACGAGAUUAGCGUAGUCGAGUCUCUGCAAUAUCCUUUCAGCACAAUCAAAGCCGCAACAAAUGAUUUCUCUGAUCAUGAUAAGUUGGGCCAAGGUGGAUUUGGGGCUGUUUACAAGGGGAAACUUCCUAAUGGUCAAGAAAUUGCCGUGAAAAGAUUGUCGAGGGAUUCCGGGCAGUGUGAUAUCGAAUUUAAGAAUGAGGUUCUCUUAUUGGCUAAGCUUCAACACAGAAAUCUAGUUAGGUUAUUAGGUUUUGCCUUGGAAGGAAUGGAGAAACUGCUUGUAUAUGAAUUUGUUCAAAAUGCAAGCUUGGAUAACUUCAUAUUUGACUCGGUAAGAGGCAUUCAUAUUUGGACUGGGAUAUACGUUACUAGAUUAUAGGAGGUAUUGCGAGGGGAAUCCUCUACUUGCAUGAAGAUUCUCGGCUCAAAAUCAUUCACCGUGAUUUAAAAGCAAGUAAUAUACUUCUAGACAGUGAGAUGAGACCCAAGAUUGCAGACUUUGGCAUGGCGUGAUUGUUCGGACAAGAUGAAACGUAGGGAAAUACAAGCUGAGUUGUGGGAACAUAGAAAGUGACACAGUUUAAUCAGUUUUAUUGAGUUACAAGAAUACUAAGAACUGUAAACUCCAGCGGUUAUAUGCCGCCAGAAUACAUAAUACACGACCAGUUCUCAAUCAAGUCCGACGUCUACAGCUUUGGAGUAUUAGUCCUUGAAAUCAUCAGCGGCCGAAAAAUCAAUGGCUUUCGAAGCAGGGGUGACAGCGUAGGAGACCUCCUAAGCUUCGCUUGGGAAAGUUGGCAAGUAGGAAGAGGCGGAGAAGUGGUGGAUCCAUUUUUGAGGAGUGGUUCGGGGUCGACAAAUGAGAUGGUAAGAUGCAUUCAUAUUGGUUUGCUGUGUGUUCAGGAAGAUGCGGCAGAUCGGCCAACCAUGGCUUCUGUGGUGCUUAUGCUAAGCAGUUCCUCCAUAACCUUAAACUUGCCUUCGCAGCCAGCAUUUUAAACUGCAUCACUGGUUCACAACUCCACAAAUUCUCACCACAUUACUUCUUCUCGGCCAUAUCAGCAGUCUCUCCGUUCCUCGCGAAAUGAUGCCUCCAUUACCGACUUACAUCCGCGCUGAUUCUGCUCCACAAAUGUUUAUAUUAACUUCGUAUGUAUUUGAAUUGUGUUUUUGUAUCAUGUCAACACUGCAUAGACUGGACCAAAAAUAGUUCGCUUUUC